AUGCUGUGGCUGCCUGUCGCCUUCCAGUUGGUGCUGGUGCUGUGCAGCCAGGGCACGGAAAGGUGUCCGUCAGCCUUCUGCGAGUGCUCCGACUGGGAUGACUACAAAAUUACUUGCAGGGACAUCCACUUCAUUCCCAGCCUUCCAGAGGACACUCAGACCCUGAGGUUUAUGGAGACUCAUCUAAGAACAAUUCCAAGUGAAGCAUUUUCCAAUCUCCCCAAUAUCUCUAGAAUUUACAUCUCCAUAGAUGAAACACUUCAGAGUCUGGAGGCCCAUUCCUUCAACAGCUUGAGUAAAGUCACUCACAUUGAAAUUCGAAAUCUUAGAAACUUGGAUUACAUAGAUCCAGAUGCCUUUAAGAACCUUCCACUGUUGAAAUACCUUGGUAUUUUCAAUACUGGACUCAAAGUAUUUCCUGACCUCACUAAAAUUUCUUCAUCUGAUGUGAACUUUUUACUUGAAAUUGCAGACAAUCCUUUCAUGACUUCAGUGCCUGCAAAUGCUUUCCAUGGGCUCUGUAAUGAAUCUCUAACUCUCAAACUCUACAAUAAUGGUUUUACCAGCAUCCAAGGCCAUGCUUUUAAUGGGACAAAUCUGGAUGCUAUCUAUCUCCACAAGAACAAAUACCUGAAAGUUAUCAAUGAAGAUGCAUUUCUGGGCGUGCACAGUGGACCAACUCUACUGGAUGUCUCCAGAACAGUCAUUGUUAAUCUUCCUGUCAAAGGAUUGGAAAGCCUUAAAGAACUAAUGGCCCAAAACACAUGGACAUUAAAGAAAUUACCAGCUGUAAAGAUAUUUCUUCAGCUAAUUCGAGCUGAUCUGUCCUAUCCAAGUCACUGCUGCGCUUUCAAGAACUGGAAAAAGAACAGUGGAAUUCUGGAGUACUUGAUGUGUAACCAGACUGGCAGUCACAGUUUUCAAAAUAGAAGAUUGUUCAGAGCUAUCAGAGAACCAUUUUACAAAGAUUAUACAGAAGAAUACACAGACCGCACUGAUUCUGUUUAUGACAAAAACACCAAGCUCAGGAAUUUCCACAAAAAUUCCCAAUAUUACAUAUUUUUGGAAGAACAUGGGGAAGAAAAUGUUGGGUUUGGCCAAGAGCUCAAAAAUCCUCAAACUGAAGACAUGCAGGCCUUUGACAGUCAUUAUGACUAUCUUGUCUGUGGAGGCAGUGAGGAUGUAAUAUGCACUCCAGAGCCUGAUGAGUUUAAUCCCUGUGAGGACAUAAUGGGAUACCAGUUUCUGAGGAUUGUGGUAUGGUUUGUGAACUUGCUGGCCAUUGUAGGUAAUGUUUUUGUCCUUUUUAUCCUUCUAACCAGCCAUUACAAACUGACCGUACCACGCUUUCUUAUGUGCAAUCUAGCCUUUGCUGAUUUUUGUAUGGGGUUAUACCUUCUCCUGAUUGCUUCAGUGGACCUCUACACCAGAUCAGAAUACUAUAAUCAUGCUAUAGAGUGGCAGACAGGGCCUGGUUGCAACACAGCAGGUUUCUUCACAGUCUUUGCUAGUGAGCUUUCUGUAUACACACUCACUGUGAUCACCCUGGAGCGCUGGUAUGCCAUCACCUUUGCCAUGCGUCCCAAUCGAAAGAUUCGCCUCCGUCAUGCUUUGGUUAUCAUGCUGGGAGGUUGGCUUUCAUGCUUUCUUCUAGCCCUUUUGCCACUGGUUGGAGUCAGCAGCUACAGCAAAGUCAGCAUCUGCUUACCUAUGGACACUGAAACACCAGUGGCUGAAGCCUAUGUUGUCUUUGUUUUAAUAUGUAACAUUAUUGCUUUUGUCAUCAUUUGUGCCUGCUACAUAAAAAUCUAUACCACUGUGCGAAACCCUCAGUACAAGUCAGGAGACAAAGACACCAAAAUUGCCAAGAGGAUGGCUGUGUUGAUUUUCACUGAUUUUCUGUGCAUGGCUCCUAUCUCAUUCCAUGCCCUAUCUGCUAUCAUGAACAAACCAUUGAUAACAGUCACUAAUUCCAAGAUUUUGCUGGUACUUUUCUACCCACUCAAUUCUUGUGCCAAUCCAUUUCUAUACGCUAUUUUCACCAAAGCUUUCCGAAGAGAUGUAUUUAUCCUGCUGAGCAAGUUUGGUAUAUGUGAGCAUCGGGCUCAAGUCUACAGAGGUCAGACAAUCUCAGUCAAAAACAGCAGCGGCUCUUAUGGGCAGAGAAUCAGCCGAGGGUUAGGUCAGAUUCUUACAAGCAUCCAAGACCCAGUCAACGAUUACCUUCCUGCUAUGACAAUGCAAAACCAAAUUCUUGUGGAAGAAUGCAAGCAAACUGAGCUAUGAUGUCUCAAAGUCACACAGUCACAAUUUUGUUGACAUGUUGUUGUGUACACAGUAAAUUGAGUGAGAAGUGCAUGUUUUCUCCCUAUUUUCCCUACCCUACCCUUGUUGUGGCUGAUGUACCUUCAGAAAGACAACUCUUUCACUUGAAACUUCUUGUCUCACAUUCAUACCAGUAUAGGUCACAAGAUCUGUUACAAUUAUACUGCUGGAAAUGGAUGGGAAAUUUAUAUAUAUGUAUAGGAAAAUUAAUGUAUAGAAAAAGACAGCAACUACGAAAUGUACCCUUAUCUAAAGAAAAUAGGGAAGGAGACCAAGCAUAAAAUGUCAGGGAACUUUUAUGACUGAAAAAGAAUGUAGUUUUAUAGAUAAAGUUAUAUUUUAAGAUACUAGUUGGAGAUCUCAAAUGGCAAUUGGCUAUGUGUCAAAUGGUUCAGUUUUUUUCUUCUAAGAGCAAAUUCCUAAAACUUCCACCUGAGCUAAAAUGAAGCAGAUUACAUCUGCCUCUACCACCCUGACAUGCAAUUUAUCAGUUUUUGGUUUAGUUGGGUGAAUUGCAAGAAGAAGCCUCUUCAUAUUGCAUUUAUAGUGAUUAAAGGCUAAUGCCAUUGACUUUACUGCUAUCCGUAACCGAUGAUAAACAUGGGCAUUUGCCCUUGUGUGUUACAUAAAAUCUCUUUGUAUCAGUUUCUCUCACUAUUUCAUGAACCUAAAUAGGAAAUGGUUUAGUCUGAACUUCUUCUGAAGAUCAAGUCAAGUUAAUGAUCUUCAUAUUUUUUGCUUUCUAAAACCUAAGAUUGUACUAAAUUUUCACACCACCUCAUUCUUUACCUAACCCCAGUACUGUUUGGUCUGAACAUCAGGAAGCACUUCUUCGCUGCAUGUGUGGCUGAGCACUGGCACAAGUUGUCCAUAGAGGUGUGAAAUCUCCUUGGAGAUCUCCAAAAGUCUCCUGGACAUGGUGCUGGUUGAUCCUUCUUGAGAAGAGGUUAGAGCAGACGGACCCAGAGGUCCCUUCCAGCCUCAACCAUUUUAUGAUUCCAUGAAUCUGUCCAUAUUUAUCAUUACAGAAUUGUAGGGGUUGGAUCUCUGGAGAUCAUCUAGUCCAACCCCCUGCUAAGACAGGUUCCCUACAGUAGGUUGCAAAGGAAAUCAUUCAGGUGGGUUUUGAAAUCUCCAAAGAAGGAGACUCCACAAUCUCUCUGGGUAACCUGUUCCAGUGUUCUGUCACCCUCAAAGCAAUGAAGUUUUUUCUCAUGUUUAAAUGGAACUUUCUGUGACCAUUGUACCUUGUCCUGUCACUGGGCAUCGCUGGAAAAAAGAAACCUGGCGCCAUCCAAUUGACUAUUUAGGUAUUACACUAAACACUGUACUGCUAUCCAUACUUACCUCUCCCUCACAUGGCUAGAAUGACUUUCCUUCUAGCACUUGCUGUGCUAAGCUUGCAUCUACACUUAAAAACAAAACAAAAAAAAAAGGUGUAUCCUGCCUUCAGGCUACUUCAUGCCCUUCAGGUACUGAAUUGAAGGCCAACCUCUAACACCUGCAACAGGUCUUAAGAACAUCUCUGUGCUCUGUGGGGAGACUUAUAUCUGAACUUCAUAUCAUUUGCAGUUCAGUCACAUCCAGGACAUGGCCAGUUUAUGUCUGGCCAAUGUGUUCCUGCAGCUUAGGUGCAUACUCUCCACACUGUACUUAAGGAAGUGCAAACUCAUACCAGGAACAUCAUGCAGACUCUUGCUACAGUGAAGCACUAAACCAUUCUUCUGUCACAGUUGCUGCUAAAAAGGGUCAGAUCACAGAUGAAACUUGGCCAUGCUCAGUUCAUCCGCAUGCAGUAGCAAACAUACUGUGGUAUGGCACUCUAUGUCUCUUGCAGACAUGAAGACUCAAGGUAGAAGCUACUUUGCAUCAGCUUCCUUAACAUUUUUAUGAGGGCUGAGUGCCUGGCCCUGCCAGCAGGAUCAGACCCAUUCUCAGCCAGAGGUAGAGACUAGCUCUGUUGGACUAGUACAAGAUAGCAAUUGAUCAUUUCAUCCAUCAAUUUGGAAGGCCUGUCACAAGAACAGAGAAUACUUAACGUAUAUCCACCUUCAGGUAGGUAUUUUAAUAUUCCAUUUGUAAUAUCUACACUAUCAAUACUAUUUUCAUGGAAUUAGUCUUUGGGGAACAGUGAUUAAACUGACCAGACAGCAGUUGGAUCUUCUAUAGUGAGAGUUAGUAAUAUUCAGACAAACAUAAUAGCAGAGUCCUUUCAAGUGAGCUACUACAGCCAGUAACUGCACGAUUGUGAAUGCCAUGUACUACUUCAGUUCAAAAACAUUUUGAUUCCAUACUACUGAUUAUGAAUACAAGCUGCUUCCAUGUGCAGAAACAAGCACCUAGAUUCAUCAACAAUGUGACACGGUCUCAUAAAAAAAUAUUAUGUCAUUGUUAAAUCCAUUUUAAAAAAAAAUUGCAUUACUGAUUGAUUUACCUGCCUAUUCUGGGGAGGAGCAUGCUUCCACAUUUUCAUUUUACUUUCAGCUGUCUUGGAAACAGAAACCGCUCUGUGGCCUGGACUCAGCAGGUGAUAAUCAGAAAUGCAAAUGUAGCUCCUUAUUGCACAGAUUCUUCUAAUCUCCUAAGGCAAACACCCCUGGAACUGUUGUUUUCAGAACACAUGGCCCUGUCCAAGAGUAUACGAAGCAAGUUAUAAGAUGCAAUUCCCUGCCCUCAAUUCUACUGUACUUCUGAUUCUGGAGUAGUCAUUACAGGGAAAAAAAAGUUACCCAUCCAUACUUUGAUGAGUGCCUUUCACUUCAGCACCUAAGACAAUAAGUUCCAAUGAACAUACUGUAUAUUCAUGCUAUAAAUUUCAUAUGUGCUAGGGUACCAGCAGGGAAAAAAUCCCAGCUUCAAUUGUGGUCUUUUUUUUUUUCAAAAGAGAAAAGACGAAGUUGGUAUUAAUUUAAAAAAUAUUUUUUAAAACUACCACAGAUCACUUAUUUCAAACUUUUUAAACUUUACCUUAAACUAAACCAGAAGGUUUAUGUCAUGAAAAUUACUAGGACAUUGGAAAGAUGUGGUGUGUUGGACUGAUUGCAGAAUGCUUUUGAAUUAAUGCAGUCAUUUGCUGUUACUUUUGAAAGAUACGUUGUUGAACUUUUUUAACCUCCCAUCUCUGCAUAUCUAUUUUUUGUCAAUUGAAAUGAAAGGAUUCUGUGAUACUGCCUUUAUGAACAAAGUUAGAUAUUUUUUGUCUUGUAUAGUCUUUAUUGUGUUAAAGCUGAUAAGAAAUAUUUUAAAAGCUAUGGGAAACAUCCAGGCAGUAGACUUUAAAUAAUUUAUUUGCCAGAUUUUUACCUGUAAAUAGUUGUAUCCUAUACAAAUUUUCUCACAUUUCUGCUCUGAUCAGCUCCUUCAGCCAUUCUGAUUCUGCUUAUAUCCUGAUGUAAUACUUGCUAUUUUAAAUGUCUCAGCAAGAUGUACUAUUUCUGGUAUGAAGUGCUUCUUUUUUCCCUCUAGAAUACUUCAGGAAUAACUCAGAGUUUUGGAAUAAAAUGUUUUGUUUGAAACUGUAAAAGGCCCAGAGAGCUUUUCUGAAAAUUUUAAGCAAUUUUUCCUACAGAAGUAAA